AUGGGGCUGUUCUACAGUAAGAGCCAGACAGAACCCUCUCCAUGCAACUUGCUUACUGUAAAAAUCAUACAGAUGAAAAAUGCCAGGAAAGCAGACUUGUUAACCCAGUCAGACUGCUACGUGAGCCUAAGCCUACCAACAGCUUCAGUGCAGCGUUUCCGCACCAAGACAGUGGAGAAUAGCAAGAACCCAACGUGGAAUGAAACUUUCCACUUCGUGAUUCAGAGCCAGGUUAAGAACAUUCUGGAGCUGAAAGUUUGUGAUGAGGACAAGGUAACUGAAGAUGAUCAUCUCCUCACUGUAUUCUUUGAUGUCUCCAAAAUCCAGCUUGGAGAAAACAUUCAGCUCAGUUUCCAGUUGAAUCCCCAGGGAAAAGAGGAGCUGGAGGUUGAAUUCACAAUGGAGAGCAGUCCGGAUCCUCCUGAAAACAUCGUUACUAAUGGAGUUUUAGUGGUAACUUGUUUGGAGGUACAGGUGAAUGGCGGGAGGCUGAGGAAGGACAGUACAGAGAGAAAGUUUGCAUUAACUGUCGAUGGGUCGUAUGAAGGAAACCAGACCCACAGGCUGACCUCCUGCCUCUGCCCGGCCUCCCCAGCCAGGUUCCACUACAUCAAAUAUAAUCAGUCGACACUCACUGUGGCUCUACCGCGGCGGAGGCGGCUCAGCAGGUCUAUAUCAAGUCAAAAUGAAAGGGAUAUGAACGAGUCUGUGACUCUAGCUCUGAACUCACUUCCUAUACAAGAGAAAAUAACAAUAGCAGAGGACAGGACAAUUGACUUGUACACAAAGGCAAAUGAAUGGACUCAGGGUCUGUGUUUCAGGCCAAGAAACCUAGAUGCCCGCCUGGGGUUCGACCUGUGCACUGACGAACAGGAUUUCCUGCAAAAACGGAGGAAGGUGGUUGCUGCUGCACUGAAGGAUGUUCUUCAUCUGGAGGAAGAUCUGCAAGAGCAUGAGGUGCCUAUAUUGGCUGUGACCACAGCAGGAUGUGGGAUAAGAGCACUCACUGGCAUGUAUGGCAGCAUUCUGGGUCUUCAAAAGUUGCGUGUUCUGGAUUGUAUUUCAUACAUCAGUGGCUCAUCUGGCACAACAUGGACAAUGACAAAACUGUAUGAAAAUGCUGAUUGGUCACGUAAGGAUCUUGGAGAAAUAAUUAUUGAAGCUCGGAAGCAAGCAUCUAAGUGCAAGAUGGGGGCUUUUUGCUUGAGAAGUCUGAGGAAUUAUUACAGAGAGCUGAGCCAAAGGACCCAAGCAGGACAUAAAACAUCUUUUAUUGAUCUGUGGGGGCUUAUAAUUGAAUCCAUGUUAAAUGACGGGAAAUGCCACCAUAGACUUUCUGAUCAACGUCGGGCAGUAAAUCAGGGCCAGAACCCGCUGCCCAUCUACCUUGCUCUCAAUGUCAAGGACAAAGUUGCCACCAAAGAUUUUAGAGAGUGGGUGGAGUUCACGCCGUACGAGGUGGGCUUCCUGAAGUAUGGUGCCUUCAUUCGUGCAGAGGAUUUUGGCAGUGAAUUCUUCAUGGGUCGCCUGAUGAAGAAGCUUCCAGAGUCCCGUAUCUGCUUCAUGCAAGGAAUGUGGAGUAGUAUUUUCUCCAAAAACCUCUUGGAUGCCUGGCAUGCAGCUGACAAUUCAGAGGAUUUCUGGCGCAGGUGGACCCAAGACAAAGUGACUGAAAUAGAGGAACAACCAGACUUGCCUGAGAAGCCAUACGAGAUGGCUACAUGCAUGUUCACUCCUACGACUGGCCUCUCCACGUCUCUCCGGGAUAUCCUAACAGACCGCCCUGCCGUCUCCAAGUACCAGAAUUUCCUGAGGGGCUUCCAGAUGCACAAUGAGUACAUCGAGGAGAAGCAUUUCACAACAUGGAAGGACACUUUUCUAGACACAUCUCCUAAUGACCUGAGAGGCAACACAGAGCACCUGGAGUUGGUGGAUGCAGCUUUCUUCUUUGAAACCAGCUGCCCACCCCUUAUGAGACCAGAACGGAAAGUGGAUGUCAUCAUACACUUAAAUUACACUGGUGGCUCACAGACCUUG